CUGGAAACCUUCGGCCGCUGGGAACAUCUGAGCAGCCGGCGAUGAUUGACAGCUGAGGGGACCAGCCAAAAAUAAAUGUCAGCUGCAGCAAAUAUAGCAGCGGAGUGAGAGAGAGAGAGAGAGAGAGGAUUCACCUCACUGCCCAAAUAGGCACGUCUCUCGCUGGAGGUUCAGAGACUAGCUCCCCUCCCUUGUUACUUACGCAACAUUUCCAAUUGCAAUUCCCAGAUCCGUUUGUCAGCAAAAUCAAAGGAAUUUCAAGUGUCGCAGCUCGCUCGUUGCUCAUUCAGACACCUGCUACUGUCAAAAAUAAACUGCUGGCCCCAGGCACCAUGAACUACUUCCGAUAUAUCAAUGCAGUAAGUGCAGCUCGAAAAGCUUCACCGAUUAGAGAGCUGACUGAACUGUUAAACAGGAGCCCACCAACCAUGAUCUCAUUGGCUGGAGGAAUGCCGAACCCCAGACUGUUUCCCUUUGAAUCUGCCAGUUUUACCAUCCAGGACGGUCUGAAAAUAAACUUCAGUCCGGAAACAAUGAAGAGGGCACUGCAGUAUUCCAAUUCAGCAGGAAUUCCAGAAUUAGUCUCCUGGAUGAAGGAUCUGCAAAAACGUGUUCAUAAUCCUCCAACCAUCAGCUACAGUCCUGAUCGAGGACAGAUGGAGCUCUGUGUCACCAACGGCAGUCAGGAGGGAUUAAGUAAGGUAUUUGAGAUGCUCCUAGCUCCUGAUGACUUCAUUCUUCUCGACACACCGACAUAUCCUGGGACAUUAUCAGCACUCAGACCUCUAGGCUGCAAGAUCCUCAGCAUUUUGAGUGAUGAACACGGACUCAUUCCUGAAUCCCUGUCAGAAGUCCUUUCAAAGUGGGCACCAGAGGAGGCGAAGAAUCCGGACUCCGACGUACCAAGGAUUUUGUACACAAUUCCAAAUGGUGGAAACCCAACUGGAGCUUCCAUGACAGCUGAUCGGAAGCGGGAGGUGUACCAGAUUGCUAGAAAGUACGAUUUGCUGAUAAUUGAAGACGAUCCUUACUAUUUUCUGCAGUUUGAAAAGCCUUGGGCUCCAUCAUUCCUUUCCUUAGAUGUGGACGGUCGUGUCAUAAGGACAGAUUCCUUCUCCAAGAUCUUGUCUUCAGGGCUGAGAAUGGGCUUCCUAACUGGUCCCAAACCACUCAUAGACCGGGUGGUUCUACAUAUUCAGGUUUCCACGAUGCAUACAAGCACCUUCACACAGCUCAUGGUUGCACAGCUACUGAAACAGUGGGGACAAGACGGCUUCUUGAAACAUGUCGACAGGGUGGUGCAGUUUUACAGAACGCAGCGAGAUGCCAUGCAUAAGUCUGCAGAAAGAUGGCUUAAAGAUGUAGCUGAUUGGCAGGUCCCCAGUGCAGGCAUGUUCUUCUGGAUGAAGCUGAACAAAAUCCCAGACACGCAACAACUCAUCUCGGAGAAAGCCAUAGAAAAAGAGGUACUGCUUGUGCCUGGUCGAGUGUUCAUGACUGACAGUUCAGCACCAUGUUCGUAUCUCCGAGCUGCUUUCUCCAUUUCCAGCCCUGAAGAAAUGGACGAGGGUUUGCAGAGGCUGGCUGCACUCAUCAAAGGAUCUGCGUAGAGCAUCUUACUGGAAAGGAUAGACUUAGAAUGAUCCAUCACCUCACGAAGCAAAUCAAAAAUUAACGUCCUCUUGCGAUUAUCAUUUUAUAACCGUUUCAUUUGCCAAACCGUUAGUUUAAUUGAAUGUUCUUGCACUUUCAACUGUUUCAUGUCAAACCAUAGUAAAAGCAACAAUCAGGGUAAAUAAGCAAGUUCAUGUUGAAUGAGUGUGCAGCAUCUGCAGUCCUUACUGUCUCAAAAUUCAUGUUGAAUGUUCAGAAGAACAGUUCCUUGUGUAAAGAGUGAAAGGUCACUUCUUUCAGAA